AUGUCAUCCUCAACGUCUAAUCGCAUCAAAGCGUACACCGGGAAAGAUGCCGAAACUAAACUAGCACUCCCUGUAUUCUUGAGAAUGCUGACCACACAUUCCGACCUGGACAUGCAAACGGCCAUGACGAUCGCAGGAAAAGUUUUCAAGACGCACAAUACACCAGGAACGCUAUCCACUCUGAGCAACGUAGCACUGGAGCAGCUGGGCGUGUCAAAUAAGGAGCACCGCAAGCAGGCCUUAGCGGCCAUUAAGAAAAUGGGAUGGACGCCUGAGUUGCCCUCUAAGGUGUUAAUUUCCCCCCCAGCUGUCGCAUUGAAGCCUUCGAAAGUGAGAGGUGAUAAACAGCCAACGGCAAAGCGAAAACGAACCGACGAAGACGACGAAGAUGGUCCAAGAAGGAGACAUGCAGGUGCAAAUGCAGGGCAUACACCUGGGCCACAUGCGUUUGAGUAUAAUGAGAAUGUGGACGAAAAGUCGCUGGCAUCAAAGGUUAUCAUCAUCAAUCGGGCCCCAGUCAUGACAGCUUGGGCAGCUGUUGUUGCGGAAAGGCUGAAAUUUACUCGAGCGGAGGCCCUGAGCAUCGCUUCAGUGUAUACCGAAAUGAACGCUUCCUCAAAGGGUGUCGCGCUUGGCAUUUUCCACAAAGAUAAGGACUCUGACUUUGAAGGAGGUUCGACGCAACCUUACGUCGAAUUAAUGGGCCGAAAACCCGUAAUGAAGACUGAUGCGGGGGAAUGGCGCGGGAUUGUGAAAGGAGAGGCUGCAGAACCCGAAAUGGCGUACGGAUAUAUCCAACGAUCAUUCAAGCACUUGAUGGGUUCUGUUAUUGGUUCAAUGCGGCUUUUACAAGAAUCAUAUUCACCGGAAGAGUUGAACAAGAACGGCUACGACCUUUACUGCCAAUUUCGACCAGGACAGGGUGAUUGGGGCCAACGGGGCGAGAUGAGGAUGAAAACGUUACUGGAUCUGCGGCGUUAG